AUGAAGGGUGGUGGCGGAUUCAGAAUCGGAGGAGCCAUGGGCACUCCAAACGCCCCGCCGCCCAUCACUCCGCCGACGGCCAUGAUCGGCUGCCGGUUGCGGCCCCUGGGCGGAGAGCAAUCGCUGCACAUGCCGGCGUUCUGCGCGAGAGCCGCCGUGGGGAGCAACAAAAGGAUGAGGGUACGCAUUUCGAGUAUUGCAAACAACCACUCGAAAGAAUACUGGAUCUUCGCAAACCCGCAAUUCGAUAACGGAAAGGGAAUCACCGUGAUAACAACCCCCGAGCGCAUCCUCCACAACGCCAAAUCUAUCGCCUCGGUGCCAGAUCACCACCCCAGCCUCCCGCGGGAGCCGUUAUUCAGAACGUCGCCAAGUGGAAGCAAAGGGCGGGGUAUAUUUGCAACCAGACACAUACCCGCAGGCAGCCUCAUCACCAAGGAGGCCCCAAUCAUAUUUCUGGACCGCAACUGGGUCGAAGACAUCUCGUCCGAAGAAGCGCGAACGUCACUCCAGGCGUUGGCUAUUGAGAAGCUACCGAGAACCACACGCCAAACGGUUAAGGAGCUUUACAUUAGCAGUUUUGCAAAGGGUUUAAAGCAAAAGAUCUGGACGAAUGGCUACGGCGUCUCUGGCGGACCCGCAGAGGACUGGCCGGGUUUGGAAGACGAAUUGGACCUCGGCAUGAUUGCGGUGCAUGCAAACAUAUCUGACUUGCUUGCACACAGGCUGUGGGCAGUCCGCGACAUUGCCGCUGGCGAGGAGAUCACCAUAUCCUACUUCGACCCUAUCCAGACCCUCCGCGAGCGACAACGCUACGCAAAAGAGACUCUUGGCUUCGAAUGCACUUGCAGCCACUGCCAAGCCGCUCCCAAGUUCGCAGAACUAUCAGACGACCGCAUCAACGAAAUUCACCUACUACAAGGGUACCUAGAAACCCGCGAAAUCGCCCCGGCCGAGCCCACAGCAAUGGCCGAGCUGCUAAUCAACCUAUACAAGCAGGAGGGGUUGGACUCUUACCUUUGCAAGGCAUACGCCAUCGCGGCGCGCGAGUGGAAUGGCGCGGGGUACGAGUACCAAGCACGCUCAUGGGCCUAUCAAAGUGUUAAGGCCGGUCUUGUAGCUGGUUCGGGAACCGGAAUGGAGGAGUAUAUGAUGGACAUGGAGUCGUUGCUUGAUGGGGCGAGGAAGCAUUGGUCUUGGAGAUAUCGCCAACAUUUCUAG